ACCUCACGCGGACGGGGUCGAGCACGAGGAAGUAAAACCCGGCGUUUAUCGCAAAAUGUCGGUGGGACUGGAGGUUGUUUCAUCACGAGAGUACAGUAUUAAGCUCAGGACACAGCAAGUGAUUUGGCCUAUUGAGGAGUACUGCUAAAAUGGUUGUUGUUUGAAAAGUUAUUCUAUUCCUCGGAGUUUGGCAGCUGAAGAUUGAUGUGAUGGAGCUAAAGUUUGUGAUAUUUUACAGUCUUCUUCUUCUCGAGCUAAAAGUAUAUUCAGCACUCAACUUUGAAGAAUGUCCAGCUGGAAUGCUAAAUGUAACGGAGGACGAUGAGAUCAGCCUUACUUGUGGUCCAUCUUACAGUGACAUAAGUUGGUAUUAUUCAAGCGACAACACGUUGAAGGACUACAUCGGCUACUGCAGUGGAACAUCUUGCUAUCCCAUACAGUCAAAUAAGUUCAGAAUACAAGCCGAGUGGUCUUCGUGGCCUUUAAGGUUGUACAAAAGCACUUUAGACAUCACUUAUGUCACGAGGGAGGAAGCUCGCUUUUUCUAUUGUAAAAAUUCUUACUGGAUGUAUACGUGUAGACUUCGGGUAACAGUACCUGCUGAUCUGGUUUCCGAAAACUGCAAUGUGGAGAUAUCAAACUUUAGAGUGCAAGGAGCAUGCCAGGUUGCAAGGAUGUACUCGUCAGAUUCCAUCUACAAAUGCACGUGGAGCGUAAAUGAUGCCGAGCUACCCUCUGGUUUUGAAGAACCCCUUACUAAUUGGACUGACAGGUAUACAAGGCCUUUCAAUAGAACCUACAUGAGGGGAAACUGCUCUUUUGAGCAGGAUAUGCCUUCUAUAAGGUACAGCUACAGCUACAGAAUCAGUAUUGAUCCUGGUCUUCAAAACUACAUUGUAAAGACGAUUAACAUAGUGCCUCCUAGAAAGCCUGAGAUCAACUGUUCAGAGACUGUUCUUGAGGGAUCGACUGUCACCUGUAUGUGCAAAUCUCCAAACAGAGGAAACCCACCUGCACACUUUGUUUGGGAUGGACUAAAUACCGAUGAAAUACUUCUUCUCAAUGUAAGCCGACAAAAAAACUCCACUAAAUAUACAUGCCGACAGACUUGGGGUUCUUACGGGCUUAUCAACACUACAGUUAACUACACCUUAACAGUAGCAUACGGACCGUCGGAUGUCAACAUUUCCAUUGUGAGAUCAGAAAAUGGAACAAAGACCUUCAUAUGCAUGGCGAUUGAUGUGUUCCCUUCAGCAACGUUUCACUGGAACAUCUUAUGUGGCCAGACGACUAAAACCAUGACUAUCAGCACGUGUACUCUCCCCGCACGUGAUACAGAUGGCGACUUUGUAGUGCAAUGUACAGCCAGUAACACAGCUUUCCCUCAUUCGUCUGUUGAGAAAAACUUGAUCGUGAACGUCCCACAUACAAAAACUGAAUUAUCUUUAUCAAGUACAGAAGAGAGCAUCAGGCAGGCAGAUAAACAGAGCACAAAUGCAAAGGACUCGUCAUCGUCAGGCAGCAUUAACGGAGGACUAAUUGGUGGCGUUGUUGCAGCUGUAGUUUUUGCAAUUAUUAUCGGAGCUGUCAUCGUUGUCUUCAUAGUUAAGCGGCGGAAAGAAACAUUUAUCGGCGAAAGGUUUACAUCGAGGCUAUGGCCUCGUGCUUUUAAAUUCUUCCAUAAAAAGUCUCCACUAUCCACACCCUAUGCAACCGUCAACAAGCCCACGUCCGCCACACCCAUCACACGUCUCGCGGCCCCGUCAGGUGACCUCUACACCAGACCUACCAGCAACAUUUCUAUCGACUACAACGGUGAAUAUGUCACAGUUAGCGACACCGUUGAGAACUCAGUCGACUUCACUCUCAUGACCAACCAGUCUAAACAUGAAACGACUGACCUCAAGGAAUCGUCUAAACGGACAAUUAAUCAAAGGCCAGCGACAACAAACACAAACAAUUUUCAAGAUUCAACAGGAAGUAUCUACAUGAAUGUCACUGAAGUGCCGACUGAUUCAGGGUUGGGUGUGUACCAUAUAGUUCCCUGGAGAACAAUGUCUGCUCAAGAGACUGACACAAGGAACGAUGGAGCAGCAGCAGGAGUUUCAGAGGACGAAUACAAUGCCCUCAACUUCGAGGAGGAUCGCUCUGGACAAGAAGAUCAAGCAGCCACCUACCACCACCUUGAACAUGAAUGAAGUCAGCCCUUAGUGUGCUUUAAGAAUUACAACUGCAAUGACAUUAUUAACAUCUUUCCCAGAAUCACUAAACAUUAGAUGUGCUGCACUAACAAAAGACAUUAACACUUUAGUGAAAUCUUUUUAUCAGAACUAUUUUGGGUAGUGACCGAAGAGGUUAAAAAAGGGGUUACAAUUGAGAAUGAUUACCAUAGUUGUGUUUACACGAUGAGUUUUUUGAAACUAAAACAACCACUUUAUUAUGUAUAUGCAUGUUUACUAUAUAUAUAUUUCAAGUUUUAAUGUACAUAAAAUCAAGGAUAACUAUUAAGUUCUAUUACCAUGAUUGCUAACUUGUAAAUAUGUGUAAUAUUGCAAGGCAUUCCUUUUUUCAACCUUUAUCAAUUGUCUGAUUCUUAACUUAUCCAACGAUUGUUGAAAGCGAGUUAACGAGAAUUUAUAUAAAUCUGAUUGUCUCGUGUUUGUCCAUUCACUUUAUCGAUGUCGUUAGUAUAUAACACACUAUACCAGUAACUAUGUGAUAUUUCUUUGAUACAAAUAAAAUCUAUUUACAAUAUC